UUUGCAGGAAGAAAGACAUUUGGAGUACAGGAAGCCUUCAUGUAUCAUUAACGUAAGGGCUGAUGUUUUUGUUAUUUAUUCUGCUAGGAGUGGCAUGGGACCUGACUUUUGAGUUCUGGUACGAAAAAGUAGAAAGCAGGCAGGGCAAUAUCACCGCUUAUACAAAGUGGACCCAUCAGGUUCAUAUUUUUCUUGGAAAGCUUCUGCAAUGGGGAAAAAUGUCUCUAAUGCAAAGACAUUUCUUGAAAAGAGGUAUACAGAUGAUAUGGAGCUUGAUGAUGCCCGUCCACACUUCAAUAUUAACCUUGAAGGAAGGGUUUGAGGGACAAAUCUCUGGCAAAAACAUCGAGAUUGGCAUAAUUGGUAUAGACAAAAAGUUCAGAGUACUAACACCGGCUGAAAUUGAUGAUUACUUGGCUGAAGUGGAGUAGUUCAUUUUCCUUUAAUUAAGAAACUGGGGAGAACUUUUAUUACAGGGCAAUGACUGGCUGAGUUACACGAUUUAUACCGGUCCUUGUUACUGCAAAAUGCCUUGUUUGUCAUGAUGAUCUACUUAAUGAUGUAUUUGUACA